AUGGCGGCAGACCCCCUGGUGCUGCCGCCGCAUCAUCUGCUGAGCGCUUUUGAGGGUGUGAAUGUUUGUGCACCUAUGGUACGGUAUUCCAAGCUGCCAUUCCGUGCGCUUGUGUCCCAAUAUGAAACGCAUAUCACAACUACACCGAUGAUCUUGGCCACAGAGUUCAGUCGUAAUGCACAAGCUCGUGAUGCCGACUUUUCGACCAACGUCGAGGAGCGUGGCACGUUUGAGAUGGUGCGGUCAUAUGACACGCACCACAAAGACAGGGUGCGCGUCCGAGGCGCCUUGGUCUGCCAGCUAGCAGCCAGUGAACCCAGCCCCUUGGCAGAUGCAGCCGAGCUUGUGAGUCCCUUUGUCGAUGGCAUCGACUUGAACUGCGGUUGCCCACAACCUUGGGCAUACGCCGAACACAUUGGGUCGUACCUUCUUCGUCAACCAGAGACAGUGCGCGAUAUGGUGCGUACGGUGAAAGAUCGACUGGGCCAUGGAUAUUGCGUCAGUGUGAAGAUUCGCAUCGAUACGGACCUGCGCCUCACAGAUACCCUAGUGCGCAAUGCUUUGCAUGCAGGUGCAUCUAUCAUCACGGUGCAUGGCCGCACACGGCACCAGUCCUCUGCCUCUGACCCUGUCAACUUGGAUGGCGUCAAGUUUGCCAUUCAAAGUGCCAACGCAUGCGGCUUACAGACGGCUCUUGGAACGUCACCUGGUGAUGCGUGGGUCGUCGGCGAGGACGGUGGCGCAGGCGGGCGCCCACCAUGUGUGGUCAACGGUGAUAUCUGGACCAAAGCAGAUGCAAUUCACUCCCGCGCAUAUACGGGCGCUCGCGGUGCGAUGAGUGCGCGCGGUCUCCUGGCCAACCCAGCGUUGUUUGCAGGCGAAGAACGGACCCCUCAUGCAGCCGUCGCGGAUUUUGUCGCAAAAUCCCUCUCGUGGGGCUUGCCAUCGCCCUUGAUUCAUCGGCAUCUCGCAUAUAUGUUGGAAGACAGCAUUCCUAGCCGUGCAGAGUCUAUCUACUUCAACAGCCUCGCUAGUCCUGCAAGCGUGCUAGAUUGGCUAGAAGAGGCGGGGUAUUGGUCGGCAUCUACUCCAACGUAA